UAAGCCAUAUGGUUUUUAGCUGGUUUCGUUCUUGUAUUUGUCAUUGAUUUCCUUUAAGUUGAACCAGCGUAAUACCAGUCAAAACACAUAUGCACACGAAAGCAAAACCGGAAGAAUCUAUCGUGCCCAAGUUUACACCAUCUGCUGUCAAAAUUCUAAUAUUUUUUUCAACUAAAUCUCAUCCGAUGUUACCCAUAACCAACAAAGAUGAAGAGUAUGUACCGGGAUUCUCUAUCAAAGAGAAGAUUUCCUCGUGGUGGAGGGCUAUCUUCUCCGACCCAACAUCUAGAAAUCUGUUCAUGUUUCUACUCCUGAAUCUGUCCUUUGCCUUUGUGGAAUUAUCGUAUGGUGUCUGGACAAAUAGUCUUGGUCUGAUUUCAGACUCCUUCCAUAUGUUCUUUGAUUGCACGGCACUGCUAGCCGGUCUGACAGCUGCUGUAAUAUCUAAAUGGAGGGCCACACCCACAUUUUCAUAUGGGUAUGUCCGAGCUGAAAUUCUUGCAGGUUUCAUCAACGCACUAUUUUUACUCUUUAUCGCUUUCUUCAUCUUCUCUGAGGCAGUUGAGAGAUUUUUGGAGCCUCCCGAAGUGCGACACGAGAGACUGUUUAUCGUUUCAGUUCUCGGAUUGCUUGUAAAUUUAGUUGGUAUCUUUGCAUUCCAACAUGGCCACGGACAUUCCCACGGUGGCAGUUCAGCCAACGGUAGCGUAGGACAUGGUCAUGGACACAGUCACGGACACGGUCACGCACACAGUCUGGGGAUGGGGUAUAAAGAUGAUGGGGAACACCAGCACACCCCAGCAGGAUCACAGAAGGAAAUCAUGCAGGGAGUCUUUCUUCACAUCAUGGCCGACACUCUAGGUAGCGUCGGCGUGAUAAUUUCUGCGGUGCUAAUGCAGUAUUUUGGGUGGCUGGUUGUCGACUCCAUCUGCUCCAUGUUUAUAGCUCUACUCAUUAUGCUCAGUGUCUUGCCAUUACUACGUGAUUCUUCUUCUAUUUUGAUGAUGCGUGUUCCCUACGCCCUUGAUAAGGAACUGCCUGGAUGCUACAACAGGGUAACAAGUCUGGAUGGCGUGUACAGUAUUCAUGAGCCUCACUUCUGGACUCUCUGCACCGACGUCUUCGUCGGUACCCUGAAAUUGGAGGUGGCGCCCAACGCCGACAUCAAGUACAUUACCAGCCAAACGCACAACAUUUUUACUCAGGUCGGUGUCAGGCAAUUGUACGUGCAGGUCGACCUAGCAGCCAUGUAAGACAAAAGCGGAUCACGGUCGACCAACUCUGUUUGUAUAGUACUGUCCAGUCCAAUAGUUGCGCUACUUACGAAGGAAUAAACGGUUACAUUGCUAUAGACCUUAUGCAUUGCAGUACCUCAGAGGGCGCUCUUUGUUAUAACAAUGUAGGCACAAAAGGUUCACAAAACCUCUGCCCUCUAACUCUGCCUUAACCCUCUUGCUAUUUAAACAGUCA